AUGCCGUAUUUGAAGGUAGUGAAGGAGGGAGUGAAUUGGAGGAUGUACCGGAAUCAACGGAACCCUCGAAAGACAACGUGCAACACAACGGGACGUGAGUGGUUGGAAGAGAGAGAGAAAGCACGGCGGGGAUCUACAUUUGUAUGAAAACCAGCUCAGACCUGUCAGGCCGCGGAUGAUGUCCAAGCACCUCAACCCGAGCCCCAAUUUUUUCUUCUUCACCAGAACGCUCGCCUACCGCUGUGGGCACGCGAGCACCUGCCAACUUCAGCUGGACAAAGCGCCUGUCUGGUGGGCCGAACAAGCGCCAAACAACCCAGCGGCCAUCGAAAAUCGGGGCAUAAGAAGCGGUCGUGGGGCAAUCGCGUUGAGUUAACGUCAAAGUGGAAAUCCACGCCCAGAUUUUGCUGCAAAUCUACUGUCGGCCUUAUGUCACGCUCAACUCCGACUUUUUCCCUCUCACCAUCAAAAACUCGCCUUUAGAUGCUUUUUUCUUCAAAACUCAAGACACAGACAAGCCUUCUCGACUGAUGCGAAAAAGCUUUGCCAAUGACGAAAACAAGAACGACCGCCGC